CGAAAAGCUUCACGGAUUUAACUUUUGACAGGGAGAUGUUUUAAAUAAGUGCGCUCUGAGUAUUUAUGGAGUCCUGACAACACGGAUCACAAUGGCACGCCAUCGUGCAGAAACUCGUCCAGAAGAUAUACACCAUUUGCUUGACAUUUUUGUGAAGGCACCUUUUAGGGCAAAGGAAAGUGACCGGAAGACUGAUGGCAUCAUCCAAAAGUGUUUGGACCUCUUUGGAAGGGACUAUGAAUUUGCAAUAAUCAACAACACAAAUGGCGAGCUUUGUGGCACAUAUCCUACCAAACUUGUCGUUUUAGAAUACGAACGACCAAUAACAUCCAAAAGGACUGGCCAAGAUGGAGUUGAAAAUCUUUAUGACAUGAAUAAAAUUGGAGAUCUUCUAAAGCAAGCUAGAAGAGCACGAUGUAGAGCAAGAUGUGUUAUUCCUGUGAUUCUGUUUGAAGGAAAGCACAUAUGUAGGUCGGCCACUUUGUCUUCAGGGGCAGAGAUAUACGGACGAUCUGGCCUAGAUUUCUUCUUCGCAAGUCCCGAUUCAAACAGUGGCCCUGCCCAACCAGGGACAAGUCAGGACAUGCAGAAUGAUUGGCAGCUGUACAACCGUGUGAGAGGCCAAGAUAUACAGCUUCUAAAGACCCUUAAUGUGGGAUACAUAUGUGAUCUAAUGGUAGAGAAAAAGAAAGUCAAAUUUGGCAUGAAUAUAACGUCCUCAGAAAAAGUGGACAAGGAGCAACGAUAUAAUGAUUUUGACAUCUUUUCAGUUCCAUACCCAGGCUGUGAAUUCUUCAGAAAGUGGAAAGAUAGUGGUUAUGAAACAGAUCAUGUUCUUUUCGAUUGGAGCCAGGGUUAUGUUGAUGCAUGUCUUGACAUCCCACCUAUACCCCUUAUGGAAAAGCUGGGAGUUGACUGGAACAAGUAUAAGAACUGGAACCUGUUGAAAUUAACACAGAAUUAUGUGAAGCUGUUGUUACAUCUUCUUCAUGAAGGUAAUCAGGGUGUGUUGGUACACUGUAUCUCUGGGUGGGACCGCACCCCCAUGUUUGUGUCUCUGCUGAGGCUGAGUCUGUGGGCAGAUGGAUUAAUACACAAGUCCCUCUCAGCCACUGAGAUUUUAUACCUCACCAUUGCUUACGACUGGUUUCUGUUUGGUCAUGAUUUGACAGAUAGAUUGCAAAAGGGAGAAGAGAUUCUCUAUUUCUGUUUCCAUUUUUUGAAAUUCAUUGCAUCUGAGGAGUUCUCACUUAAGAGAACUCCAACACCAAACAUGAAGCAACGGAAAGGAUCUCAGGCAUCAAAUAUUUCAGAGACAGACUGUCACAUAGAUGGCAUCUUGCUUGACUCUGACAGCCAUGUGAUCAGCAGUCAUACAAGUAGCAACAGCAGUCUAAACAGUGGGAGCAGUGGAAUAGACACUGGGGGCAGCAUGGGGCUCGAUACUGGCUCCCUUGGAAUCACCCCAACUAAUAUAGAGCCAGCCUUAACAAAUGGAUCCUUGAAGCUGAACAUGAAGAGAGCUGGGCACGUUGGUUCAGUUCCAGCAGAGUUAUCAGCCCAUUACUCUGCUCCAUCCAGCUCCUCCUCUUCCAGUCCCAUGCCGGUACCAAUUAACCGUAUCCGAAACACAGAAGCCGUCACUUCACAGUCACCUGUCUCGGGCAGUUGGCAGAUUAUUUCUGGGUCGGAGGGUAUUGGUGGUUUUUCAUUGUUACACGGUACCUCAUGUGAUCCAUCCUCUCUGGCAGAGCUCUACCUUAGUUCUAGACGGUCAAGCCAUACUAGUUCAUGCAGUGAAGUCACAGAAGAAGAUGUCAGUGUGCGAUGGCAGAGACUUAAUAAUGUUUGGAGACUUUUUAGCAAUGCAUAUGCCAAUAAGAUCAGCGUUAGAUAUGGUACACAAUCUACUGGACUUGGAGCAUUCCUAGAUCGCUUUACAGAAAGAGUGGGAAUCAGAAAUAAUCCUAUCUGAGGAUGAACAGAUUUCAGUGGCCAAACAGAAGCAAAUCAAUAAAACAUGUUUCAAAGACCAACCUGGUGAUAUAUCAGUUUCCAUGAAGAAUUUGUUAAAACUAAUAAACAUAUUUAUAAGAGGACGAUAUAUAACAUACUAAUUUGUGAUGUUAUGAUUGUAUUACAGUUUUAGUAAAGGACCAUUCCAAGGAAAAAUUUUAUCUGGGCAGGGCAUGAAGAUGAAAGCUCAAUUUCUCUAAACCAAGAGUGUUUUCUUUUUUUGUUUUUCCUUUGUUAGAUUUUUUUUUUUAAAUGGUUACCGGUUUGUGCAAUUCUUCAUUCAUUUAUUCAUUGUUUGUAUAUAAACAUCUUAAAUUCUCUUUUUUAACCUCUUGUGACAGUAUAUUUUAUUAGAGAGUAUUAUAUGAGUUAUGUCCUCUGGCUGAUGUGAUUACCUGAGAUUAUUAACAUAAAUACUUAAAGAUUUAAGGAUUCCAUGAAAGGUACAGAUAAUCAUUGCUUUAGACUAUUUAGUUUAUGGGUAUAUCACCCAGUUAGAUAUGUUGAUGGUAGCAUAAUGGCCAAAGAAUUAAGCAAGUUUAACAGAUAUUUAUUCCUUGGUAUGUAGACUCAUUUAGUGGACAUUCCUCUCAAAACUUCCUUAAAUCUCAAUUAAGACAUGUGCAUCAACUAGGUGUUCAAAAUGUACAAUGGAUACCCAAGUACAUCCAGUGGCUGUCAACAUGUGCGAUGUUAAUUGAUGUGGUGCAUAACUUCAACCAAGUUUAUCAGUGGGAAGAUAUGGACUAAGUAAAGAAUUCUCAUUCUGAUCCAAGGAAAACUCAUAUUUUCUUGAAGAAAAAAAAAAGUAGCUCUGUAAGAGAAACUGUUUUGUUCAGUGCGAUUGCCAUAUAUGUGAGCAAUUUGUGAGUAACAAAUAGAAACUGUGCCCUAUAUUUGGUGAUUAUAUCCAACAUUAUCAUUUAGUGUACCAUAAGGAUUAAGAAUAGGAGUUACAUGUGUAUAUGGUGCCUGGUCGAAACCGCUCAUCAUAAAAAGAUACCACAAGGUAAUGGGAUAUUGUUUUCUCUUUUAUCUGUGAUAGUGUUUUUGUUUAGAACUGAUUUAUUUUGUGUAUACAAGGAACUGUUUACCUCAUAAGCAGAAAUAUGUUGAGCCACAGCAUACGAUGAUAUAGUAAAUCGGGGCCUACACUUGUUGACAGUGGCGUUUAGAUUAAAAGUUGACCAGGUAUGAAUCACAUGACGAUAUACACUACUUACAUAAUACCACCUUGAUUCUGUUGGAUUGGUAAAAUGACAUUCUUAUCUACAGUACUUACAUACUCAUAGACCUCAUAGCAUUUGGGAAGGUAAAAAAGAAUGUAUACAAAACAAUAUAUACAGUAUAGUUAGAAGAUUACUAUUAAAAUUAUAUUCAUUUUAUUGUGGUAGCGUAUGUAUACAUGUAGUUAUCCAUAUACUUUUGAGUACUCAGUAGGUAUCAUCCAGAGCCAAGUGGAAACUUCGGAAUUGUGAUGAAGAACAAAAACAUCAAAUAUAAAAAUUAUUUUACUGUUUGUUCAUAAGAGCCAACCAUUCUCUCAGCACAAUGUAAAUACUUAAACUUACUCAGAACACAUCUGCAAGCUAUCUGAACAAAAAAAUCCUGAAAAGCAGGUAAUUUUUGUUCAAGAAAACAUUCAUUUUUAUAGUCCCUUGGAGGAGUGGAAAUAGGACCUAACCGCGUAAUGUGUUCAUGCCAAAUCUUCUGCACUCAUUAAUACACUUAUACAAUGUACUUUUUGUCCCUUUAGACAAUAACAAACUUACUGUGUAUUCUUUAAUUCAUGUUAAAUGAGUCAUGAAUAAAGAAUUAAAUUUUUAAUUUCUUUUUCAUUAAACUGACACGUCACAGAAAUGGAAGACCACCAUUUGUUUCCAUGAAGACUAUACCAUUAUUAUUUUUUACGUGGAAUUUACGUUAAGACCAAUUUUUUUGGAGGCGCCUAGUACAUGUUAUCUAGCAAAUCAAAGCCCUUUCAAAAUUUACAAAUUUGUUUCAUUCUUUUUUAAAUUAGCUGUUGAACGUAAACAAUGAUAUAUGAACAAACAUCCGCCUUAAAUAUACCAAUGAUUUUUUAGACAUUGAGGAUUUAUGAAAAAUAUAGCGAUCUUGACAUAUUUUUAUCCCUUGUGAGAUUUUUCUCAGAUGUAAAAAAAAAGCAAUAAAACACGUGCAGAUCGGUAUAUAACACCUUGUGAAGGUGACUCAGACAACAUGUAAUAGAAGAACAAGCCCUACAGCAGAUCUGUUCCUCAUUCAUGCCAUAUUCCAUGUAGAUGUAGUAUGUAUGAUACCAUUUACUUAGUCUUUAUCAAUGUUAAAAGUCUCCAUGCAUUUUAGAGUUUUAUUUUUGUCUUUCACCACUACCCUGAAAGCCUGUAUACAUCUCAUUUUUACCACUGGAGUGGAAAAAUAUCGACAGAUAAAAAGACACACAGCUAACAUAAUUCCCUGAAAAUAAACACCGUUGUAUGUAAUGCUUGUUUUGUUCUGUUCAUGUAACCUCACCCAUAUAACCGGGAAUUAUUUUCACCUUAGAAAUGAAUUAUUGUCCAUUCUAAGAAGUGUUCAUUGCUGCAUAAUUUGUGUUUCUUAAAAAAUUUACGACAGGAGCUGGUCUUUGUCAAAUGGUUGAGAUGCUUGUACAUU